GCGUGCGCCCCGGAAGCUGCAGGUAGAAGCAGGGACAGGCUCACUGAACUGUAUGAUAGGCUGGAUACUGGGCUUUAUCAUUUGUUGCGUGAUAACGAUGGCUUUGACUCAAGAAAAUGUUUUGAAGUUCUUGGUGGAACAAGGCGGAAAGGCAAAGAAUUCGGAUUUGUUGAAUGCGUUUAAAUGUAUUCUAAACAGUUGUGAUGUUACGGAAAAGAAACACAAAAGGGAACUUUUCAAGAUGUUCGUUAACAACGUUGCGGUCGUGAAAGAAAUCGAGGGCAUGAAGUACAUUGUGAUUAAGAAAAAGUACCAGCACUUACUGAAAGGAGACAUUGCGCCACAGAAAUCAAAGCUUGGGGAAAGUUCGGAUUGCUGGAAAACUUUCUCCCGACUGGAUUUCCGUGGCUGUUCUCAUCGCGAAGUGGGUGAAAACCUCCAUUCCGAUCUGGACAACAACAAUAUUUCAAUUGUUUCAAGUACUAGUGACGACCGUUUGAACAGUAACUCUUUCAAUUCGCCCACCGAAUUGCCUUUACCACGACAGUUAUGUCCUCUUGAGCACAAGACUAGUGCCGUUUUUGCCGUAGUAGCAGUCAAAUCCCAAGUAAAUGCACAGGGAGCUGAACUACUGCGCAGACAAGAUGGAUCAUACUUCAAAAUAUUGAAUCAAGGAACAGUGGAAUCCACAAUGAAGCCCUACAUGUUGCCUUUAAGGAUGCCACCAAUCCAGUUAAACACAGAAGUCCCAGUAGCAGACUGCAGGGAAAUGUAUAUGGGUAAAGUGGCUUCAGAAGUGGACCCUUACAGAUCUCUCAGAACAAAAAAGAGAGAAGUAGAGGAAUGUGCGGCACCAGGAUCACCCCAGAUGAGGAGAGGGUACAGAAGCACAAAACCGGGUGAUCAGCCCAAAUACUCAGAAACCAUCCCGCUGGACCGUGCAGAGCACGAGUGGCUUGUAAAUUUAGCAGCAGGGCACUGGACUCAAGUCUAUGGUCUCCUGCUGAAAGAUAGUCAACUGUCUGAGAAGAAAGACUUCAUUUCUGGCUUUACAGCUCUUCACUGGGCUGCUAAAAGUGGCAAGAGUGAGAUGGUUUGUAAAAUAAUCGAAAUAUCCAAGAGAGCGGGUGUACACAUUGAUGUUAACAGAAAAACACAUGGUGGUUACACACCUUUACACAUUGCUGCCAUACACGGUCAAGAAUGUGUGAUGACUUUACUUGUGUGUGAUUACGGAGCUGACACAAACAUUCGGGAUAACAGUGGUAAAAAACCAUAUCACUACUUGCUCAAAGGUGCGUCCCCUGAACUAAGAAAGAUGCUUGGUGAGCCAUGGGUAUUGCAGGAGUCAAAUGCUGAAAGGAAUGAAGAUUAUCAUUUCCCUGAGGUUCAAAGGGGCUUUGACAGCUUAAGUCGGCUGCUUCAUCCUUAUGUGGGACAUAAAAAGAAGCAUAAACGACCACUGUUCAGUUCCAUACGUGAAUAUCAUUUAUGGAAGGAGGAUGAGAAUGAGGAGAAUACAUUUAGGCCUAGACCCCUUUCAGACAUGUUCCUUUGAACAUGCACUAUCUCUAAAUUUGGGGAAUCUGCAUUUGACUAUUUUAUUUAUUUGUUCCUUUUCAAACAAUAACUUUAAGAAGCUAUUUAUACAAAUAACGCACUGAUUUCCCUUUCAGAAAUGUAUGCUCAAAGCUUGACUUGAAGGUGAAGUUUACAUGCAUUUCUUAUUUUAGUCAUUUUUAAUGAUUUACCAUAACAUAUAGUUAGGUAUUGUUGCA